UCAUUGCAUCAGCCACGGCGAAUAUUGUAGCAAUAGUGCGAACUGGCCUCUUAUUUAGCCCUAUCAUUGCAAGACAAUCGUGAAUUUUUUGCUAAUUUUUCAACUUGUCUGAAAGGUGGCUAUUUGUGGAAAUUUUCAUUUUCAAUUUGGGCCCAUUUUAAUGACCGAUCCAUUACUCAAUGGGCCAGAUGGUCGUUGAAUUGCUCAAAAGUUGAAAUAGAGCUGCUUCUAAAAACUCAAAAAACCCUAGAACAAAGCCUCCAUUUUUGCAAAGUAAAGAGCAGCUUGGUCUGAAGGACAGAAUUCAGAGCGGAGUAUUUUGCAGAGAAAAUGGCGGACAAAGCAGUGACAAUUAGAACGAGGAAGUUCAUGACCAAUCGUCUUCUUUCUAGGAAACAAUUCAUUAUCGAUGUUUUACAUCCUGGAAGAGCUAAUGUUUCCAAGGCCGAGUUGAAAGAGAAAUUGUCAAGGAUGUAUGAGGUGAAAGAUCCCAAUGCGAUCUUUGUGUUUAAGUUCAGGACCCACUUUGGAGGAGGCAAAUCUACUGGUUUUGGCUUGAUCUAUGAUUCUGUUGAAAACGCAAAGAAAUACGAGCCAAAGUACAGGCUGAUCAGGAAUGGAUUAGACACAAAGGUUGAGAAGUCCAGGAAGCAGAUGAAGGAGCGGAAAAACAGAGCCAAGAAAGUGCGCGGUGUCAAGAAGACUAAGGCAGGAGAUGCCAAGAAGAAAUGAUCUGCCUGCCAGUAACAGUUCCUUUAAUCCAAAUGCAGAAAACGUUUUCCAUAUUAUUUAUGUUUCUCUGAACAUCUAUGCAGAAUCUUUUCAAUUUUGGUUGAGUCGAGCAAAUUUUUUGCAUGGUUAAGUGCUAGUGCUUCUAAACUUAAGAGAUUUGGGAAACAAUUUGUUUGUUUUAUAAUUGCCAUUUCAAUUGUUGCGACAAUGAUUAUGAUUAGGAUGCUGACUUAUUUGAAGAGAGUUUUAUCUUCUGGAUGACCAA